UUUGUUGCUUUUUCUGAAGAUCCUCGUUGGGAAAAAAAAUGACAGCGGGUUCUGUCUCAGUGCCACAGGUCAUACCUCUCCAAAUCCCUCUUCCUGGGAAGGCUAAACAUGAAAUAGACACAAAUACUCCUGUAGAAAUAAAGUCAGAUACCCCCGAAGUCACUAUUUAUUACACUUUAGAUGGAAGCAAACCAGAAGUCGCUAGGAAACCUGGCUAUGGAGAGCAUAAUACUUUUAAGUAUAAGGAACCUAUCGUGUUACCAGCUGGGAAAAUAACAGUGAAGGCACUGGCAGUUGCCAAGGACUGCAGAGAAAGUGCCAUCGUAACAAAGGUGUUUCUGGUAGAAUACAAACUACCAAACAGCCUCUUCUCUGAUGAAGAGAAUGAUAAGAAUUUCCUAAAGGAUCUCUUCAUACAGGAGAGUGCAAAUGACGUGUUUACUACAAAGCCAAAGAAGAAUGGAGUGAAUGUGGAAAUCAAGUCAGCCUGGGGUGAAGCUCCCCAAGAUUUUCAAGAGUUGGAGACAGAAAGGAAGGCUGCUCACAGGUCCCUGAAAGGACCACAGCCUCUGGAAACAACAGGAUACAGAGAGGAAUCCAGCUCAGUGCCACCCACAGAGUCUUUACAGUUCGCUAGUUCUUCUGCAGUGACCAGCCGGAAGAGCCUAGCAAGCACACAGACAGCAAGAAUCCAGAAGGAAACGGAUUUCCUCAAGUGUGCUUGCUGUUCUGUACCUCGCCCGUCCGACCCCUGGGCUCACUUCUGUCAGGAGUGUGGAUCUCCUAUCCCACCCGUGCCAGUACGACGCUUCCCAGCCCCCAAAGGAACACAGAUGGCACCAUGUGUUGAAUGCAGAUGCCUGGUGCCAAUGAAUACACCCACGUGCAUUAUAUGUGAAGCACCUAUAGCUCCACAGCUGCAGCCCCAAACCACCAUCUGCUUAAAGGGCAAAGUCAUUUGUCGGGCCUGUGGCACUGGAAAUCCUCUUCAUCAUAGACACUGUGUGACUUGUGAAGGCAAACUGCCCGAUGCACAAAUGCCCCCAUUUAGAGGAGACACCCCCCAAACUUUCCCCAAACAGCAAGGGAAGGCGAUUGCCUGCUCAAAAUGCAGCCGGGUGAACCACUGUGAUUCCAGUUUCUGUGACUGGUGUGGAGCCAAGCUUGGCCCUGCUCCGUGCUACUUUGCUUGCUUCAUGUGUGGGACCACCAACCAACCAUACGCUCGGUUCUGUGGGUCCUGUGGUGUUUAUAUAGAGCCCCAGGCAAGGGGCAUUACUCGGAGCAGCACACUUACGGCUGCUGGGGACUCGCUGGUCCCCUCUGAGGCUAAAGGAGUCCAAGCUGAAGGUGCCUGGCAGCCUCUUCCUAUUUCCUUGUCCAAAUCAAGAGUGGAUCUAAAUCAAAGAAAAGAUAAAGGAACCCAAACCAUUGGACUUUUUUACCCAUCUAGCAAACUGUUGGAGAAGAAGGAGCUUGAGCUAGUUUUGCAAAAAGAAAAGCUGGAAAAGAUGAGUGAUCAUAAGCCUCUCCUAACAGCCAUCAGUCCUGGAAGGGGUUACUGGAGAAAACAGCUGGAUCACGUCUGCGCUCACCUUAGAAGCUACGCACAGAACAACCGUGAAUUCAGAACACUGAUUGGAGAACCUCGCAUGGGAAAGAUUACAUCUGCUGCAGUUCAUGAGGAUGGCUGUGAAGUCACUAUUACAUUAAAUUAUGCUCUUGCCCUUAACAAGGAUUCUCUUGCCAGUAAACCAGGGAAGUUCAGCAACCAUGACCUGGGCACCACAGCAGAAGGCAGAGCUGGACUGGAUGGCAGCCCCACGAGUUGUGGCGAAGAGGAUCGUCAUCUUUCACAUGCAAGAGGCAAAAUAAAGCAAACAAAGUUAAGAAACUUMGCAGAAAAGGAGGACAAGCUCCCCUGUGAGUCCAGACAACUACAGGAAGAACCGUGUGCGAAUGGGAUAUGAAGAACUGCUCUGGAACAACAAUUGCUUGAUGAAGGAGUUGAUCC